UGAUUGGUUGAACGUCUGUCAGAAAGCUCUGGAUGUGGAAACCGGCUCCUGAUCCGCUGUCACGUCGAUCCGGACAUCACUCCGCUUCCUCUAUUCGUCGUUGACAGUGUUGUGGAUCUUUACAUUAAAAAAGGCUGGAAGAUGUCUCAGAAGAUCAAGGCCGGCUCUGUGGUGGAGAUGCAGGGAGAUGAGAUGACACGGGUCAUCUGGGAGCUCAUUAAGGAGAAGCUCAUCUUCCCAUACCUGGAACUCGACCUGCACAGCUAUGACCUCGGCAUGGAGAACCGAGACGCCACAGAUGACCGGGUGACAGUUGAAGCAGCGGAGGCAGUCCAGCGUUACAACGUGGGCAUCAAGUGCGCCACCAUCACGCCGGACGAGAAGCGCGUGGAGGAGUUCAAGCUUAAGCAGAUGUGGCGCUCGCCUAAUGGGACUAUCCGUAACAUCCUGGGAGGCACGGUGUUCAGGGAGGCCAUCAUCUGUAAGAACAUCCCUCGCCUGGUCCCUGGCUGGUUGAAACCCAUCAUCAUCGGCAGGCACGCGCAUGGAGACCAGUACAAAGCCACUGACUUUGUGGUGCCCGGGCCUGGGAGAGUGGAGAUGAUCUACACCCCCACAAACGGAGAGCCAGUAAAAUACAUCGUCCAUGAUUUUCAGGGCACUGGGGGUGUAGCCUUGGGAAUGUACAACACAGAUAAGUCUAUCAGGGACUUUGCUCACAGCUCCUUCCAGAUGGCUCUGUCUAAAGCCUGGCCUCUGUACCUCAGCACCAAGAACACCAUCCUGAAGAAGUAUGACGGUCGCUUCAAAGACAUCUUUCAGGAGAUCUAUGAGAAGGAAUAUCGUGCUCAGUUUGAGGCUAAAGGGAUUUGGUAUGAGCACCGCCUGAUAGAUGACAUGGUGGCUCAGGCCAUGAAAUCUGACGGCGGUUUUAUUUGGGCCUGUAAGAACUACGAUGGGGACGUACAGUCUGACUCUGUGGCACAAGGCUAUGGCUCAUUGGGUAUGAUGACCAGUGUGCUGAUCUGUCCUGAUGGACGCACAGUAGAGUCAGAAGCCGCCCACGGCACAGUGACUCGCCACUACAGACAACACCAACAAGGAAAAGAAACCUCCACCAACCCCAUCGCCUCCAUCUUUGCGUGGACAAGGGGUCUGCUCCACCGGGCAAAGCUGGACAACAACGCAGAGCUGCGGGUCUUCUCUGAAGCUCUGGAAGCCGUCUGCAUCGAGACCAUUGAAGCUGGUUUCAUGACCAAGGAUCUGGCUAUCUGCAUCAAAGGCCUGCCAAACGUGACCCGUGCCGACUACCUGAACACGUUCGAGUUCCUCGACAAGUUGGCGGAGAACCUGAAGAUGAAGCUAGCCAGCCAGCCCAAGCUGUGAUCUCCCCUCCCAGCUGCAGCACUUUCACACAGACACACACAUUCCCACAAAGACAUCUAAACAGGAGCUGAAUCAAUCACCGGAGCGCUGGGGAGCCUCCUCUGGGCUGCAGGAGAUCUUUCACCAGCUGGAAGGGCGGGGGGGUGGCGCCUCUUGGACGAGAGCGCAGGCUUCUGGUCGCCGUCCUUCCUGCUGCAUCAGCUGUUGACGAGAAGCCGAUGCAGACGGAUGCCGAUCUGACCCGACGACUCGGUGUCCUUCUAUACCAUGAUUGCCCUUAGCUCCCAGUAUGUGUUGGUGGUCUGUGCUGGAAGGGAGCCUGGAACAUCACUGCCUUAUUCGUCUUGUGUCAAAAAUCAUCUGUCGAUUCGCCUUGUUGUGUUUUAAUGAGACCUCAAGCAGCUCGUAUGUCUGAGAGCCAGAAGCACAGAGGUCAGUCAGCCUGUAAGACCUCUCAGCUCUGCAGCAUUCCAUGAAAUUUUACUGUUAUGUCACUCAGAAAGCAUGAUAAUAAUAUAUGAACUGAAACAAAGGUUAAUACGCUUCUCUCACAGUUUGUAACUACACUACUGUAAACAAUAAACAGUUUUAUUAUAUA